UUUCCUCUCCCAGACUCCGCCUCUCUCUCUGCUUCCUCCUUUUCCUUCUAUUUCUCAUUUCCUCAAUUUCAUUUUCUCUCCGACUUCUCUUUCCAUUUCCUGCCAUUCCUUUCUCCAUUUUCCUUCGUUCCUUCUGACUCAUUCUACAUAUCCCCCUUUCGUUCCUUCUUUUUAACUCUUCUUUCUAUUCCCUCAUUUUCCCUAUACUUCUCUCCUCUCAUUCUCCCCCCUCUCCCCCCCUUUGUUUCUUUUUCCUCAGUCUCUUCCUCCCUCUCUUCGUCAUUCUCCCUCUCCCUUGCUCCCUAUUUCCUUUCCUCAUUUUCCCUCUUCUCCCCUCCCAGUCCCUUAUUUCCUCCUUGUUAUUUCUUUCCACUGUUUGGCACUUAUCCCUGUUUUUCAUCCCUUUACACGUUUUCCCCCUUUUUUAUUCACCUUUUUAUCUCCUUUCUUUAACUUAAUCCCCCUCCCUAUUUUCCAUUUCACAUUUACUUCCCCCUCCUUUUACUCUUUUCCCAUUUUCGUUUUUACCUUUUUCUUUUCCCCUUACCCUUUCUCCCCUUUUCCGCUUUUCACUCUUAGAAUUUGAACUUCCCUCUUUUAUAAACUUCAGAUUUCAUAAUGCCAUAUCUUCACGGCAACUGUCUCUUGCAUUACAUUAAUUUUCCUUAGACUCCAAUAUUUUCUAUACUUCGCUUUUUUUCUUCAUAUUCAUUGCCUCGACUACUCUUCCUUGUUUUCCUAGUUCUAUUUCUUCUUCCUCAUACUCACUCCCUCGGCCACUCUUCUGUAUUUUCUUAGUCUUUUUCUUUUCUUUUAUCUUCUUAUACGACACUGACAGCCAUUUUUUCCCAUCCUCCCUUAAUAUCCACUUUAUAUUUAGGUUUUCCAGUUUCAACUAUUCACAUACACUUAAGAUCAGUAUUCCUGGACACGCUUAAAAUCAGUACACAUGAAAGUCCUGAUCAAACUAUUGAAUCCUCGACUCCCUUACCCUUGUUACAGUCAGUAGUUCUAACUAAAACUACCCUUUUUCACAACUCUUUUUCUCACUUCUCGGUCCCAUGUAACUCAAGACAAACUGCUAAAAUCACGAAGUUAACUCGUCAGGCAAAGAAUACAAAAAUUCCAAUUGCCUUUUGGAAAAUACGACAUUAAUCUACUAAUCUAUAAUCAUCGUUUAAAACCCAUGGAAAGAGUCUUUCUGGGGUAGGGAGCUUUCUACUGCUUGUUUAGAAAUCCUUAUAGGAGUACUUGCUUUUGAAAAGUUAUGAAAAAAGUUACCGGUUAUGUUUUAUGUUGGUGUGUUACUGUAUUGUGACGACAGCUGUCUUGCUGCUUUUCAAGCUGUUAACAAUGCCUCAUGGAUUUUUGAUCCUACCAUUUUAUUUGAGUGUGUAUUCUGCUAAAGGUUUGCUUUGUGUGGCUACGUUUGGAUUCCUGUAAAUAUCCUAAUGUCGGUAAGUAAAGAUGAUUUGCUCGACGUUUUCUAUGCCAAGAACAUUAUUUUCUUAACAUUUUUGAAACAUUACUAUUGAGCUUGUCAGUAAUUUCGUGUCUUGAUACUUUUGGCUUGAUUUCCAUUACUGUCACAUUCACUAAUUCCCACAUAUACGCCUCCGGAACUAGACAUGAAAACGCCAAUAACUCCAACAGGAAACCCAGGCUUUUCACUUCCUUGUCACCUACUCCCAUUUUCAAUUUUCUCUCAAGCGGUGUAUAUUUUAGGGUUCACGCCUUUCCUGAAUGCUAGAUUUAUACGCUUAAUUAAAUGAUGAUUAGCUAUAGGUUUCAGUUUUUCUUAAUGUGUGAAUCCAUUAUUUUAUUUAUCCAUUUUCCUGUGUAUUCAUACUAAUAAGCACUGGUGAAAUCAUUGUGUUUUGGAUUGUACAUCUUUUUUUCUCCAUUUUUUAAAAAUCUUAUACCGGUUUCUACCAAACAGACUUUAUUUCCAUAUACUUGUGACAUCGCGUGUGUCUGUCCAACGAUCUAUUUUCAUAUACCUUAGCUGAAUUACAAACCUUUCCUUAAAUUUACUUUUUUUUUUAAAUAUCUUUAUCAAGAAAACAAAAUCAGAUCCCCCCCCCCCCCCACACACACACACUAACCCUUUAUCUAAUAACACUCUUACUCGCGAUUCAGAUUAUGUGAAUAUUUCCACGCAAAAGUUCUUAUUAUAUACCUUUUUUUUUCUCACGGCUCUCUCUUACAACCCCGCUCCCCCCCCCCCCUCAUCUGUGCCUGCCCACCAUAUCUGCUCAAAUACAAACGCUCAUAUAAAUCUUUAUUCCUCUAUUCUCUCUCCUUCCCUUUCUGCCUCUCUUAUCUUCAUCCUCCUUGCCCGUCACUCUCACCUCCUUCCUCUUUCCAUCUUCACUCUCACCUUCUACAUAUUUGGCCCUCACCUCCUUCCUUCGCUCUGACCUUCUUCUCCUUACCUUCUUCCUCCUUCCUUCUCCCUUCUUCACCCUCACCUUCCACCUACUUCGUCCUCACCUCCUCCCUUCACCUGUGCCCUCACUCUUCUCCUUCACCCAACCGUCCAGUUCAACAUCUUAUCAUCAUCCUCUUGUAUUUUAGCUUCUCAAAAAGUCCUGCUCUCCACACUUGUACUACUUAUACUGCCUCGCACUACCGCUUCCCUCCCACGCUCGUACUAAAGCCAUGACACACUGCGGUCUUCCUCCAAACCCUGAUUUCCAUAUACACGAAUGCUCUUCCCCAACACUCUUGAUUCCAAUUACAAGGCAUUCCGCACUUUUUUUUAUAACCCAUCACACGUCGCCAUCCCGUGCAUUCCUCUCCCUCACUCUUCUCCUCUCCCACACCUGUUCCUGUGCACUUGUGCUCUUUCCAUAUUUACUGCCCCCACACUUUUCUUCCCCACUUCUGGUCCAUAACACAUCUACGCUUCCUCACUUUUUUUUCCUUCUGUACCCCCACACUUUUCUAUCCCACUUUUGCACAUCGACACUUCUGCUAUCAUACACCUUUCUCCCCCAUGUUUAUUCCCCGUCACUUACUAUUUCUAUUCCCCUUGCUCUUUCUUUCCCCUCACAUACCAGCUCCCCCACAAAUUUACUUUUCCAAAUUCCUCCUCCCCACACACCUCUGUUCUCUCCUAACCUCUGCUUAUUCCAUAUUUCCGCUUCCCCACAAUUCUGUUCCCUCCUCACCUUGGCUCCCCUACACCCACUGUUUUCAAUUCUUCUGCAUCUUACAGAUUCCUUCUUCUCUCAGUUGUCCUCCCUUAAGCUUUUGCUCUUUAUAUAUUCCCUCCCUCACACUUCUCUUACAUCACUUCCCAUCCUUUAAAUCUCCAACGUUCCUACUUUUCCCCACGUCUCUCACACUCUUCGUCCCUCUUCAUAUCUCUGUUCCCUUCCCACUUCUCUCCCCUUCUCUCUCUCUCUUCUCUGUAGAUAUUUUCUCUGUCAGUUCAUUUCUGCCGCAUUUCUGUUGCCCUUUCCUCCUCUUACUAUAUUCCUUACCCUUUACUCGUGUCACUUCUGUCUCCCUUUUUAACCUCACCCUCCCUGCUCCCUAUUAUAAUCAGAACACAUGUUCGACUCUCCACACGUCCCGACUGGACUUCCUGAUCUCCCCCCCCCCUACCAAGCACAUUUUGCUCCAAUGCACUUCUGUUUCUUAUGUUUAUUAUCCCAUUCUCCUAUUCUCUCUGCUCCUGCCCCUCCCUCUACCUCUAUUCGCCUUCGUUUCUGCUCAGCCCCUCCACCUAUUUCUGCUUCCCCACUUUUUCUCGCUCAAUUUCUUUUCCCUGACGCAUCUGCUUUCCUCUCACACCUUUGGUCGCUUACAUUAUUUGCACCCAAUGCCUCUCUUCCCCACGUUUUGUUGUUCUCAUACUUUUGCUUUUUUUCACACGUCUAUAUCCUCACCACCUGCUUUCUUCAUAUUUCCUCUCUCUCAUUUCUUCUCUCACAGAUCUUCAUCGUCACGCUGCGACAAUCCGCACACUCUUGGUCCUCUCACACUGCAUACUUUUCCCCUCACUGUUCGCUUUCCAUCACACUUCUGUUUACUUCUCACACUUCUGCUUCCCCUCACACUUCUGUUUUCACACAUUUAGUCUCUCCUCACACUUCGUGUCCCAUCACACUUCUGUUUCCCCACACUUCGUCUUCCCUCACACUUCUGCACUUCUUUCACUCUUGCUCCUAUCCUAUCUCUGCACUCCUUUCACUCUUGCUCCUAUCCUAUCUCGCAUUGCACACUUGUUCCCCUCACUGUUCGCUUCCCACGACACUUCCGUUUUAUAGCUAGUCACACUUCACUUUCUUUUCACGUUUCUACUUCUCACACUUCUGUUUCCCCACACUUCGUUUCCUCUCACACUUCUGUUUCCCCACACUUCGUUUCCUCUCACACUUCUGCUCCCUCACAUUUUUUUCCUCUCACACUUCUGCUUCACCACACCUCAUUUCCUCUCACACUUCUGCUUCACCACACCUCAUUUCCUUUCACUCUUCUGCUUUCCCACACUUCUCUUUCCCACACACAUUUGCAUCCACACACUUCGUCUCCCCUAUACUUUGUCUCGCUACAUACUCUCGCCCCUCCCCCCAUAUACUUUUACUAAUUUCACACUUAUUCCCAAACGCUUUUUCCCUCACACCUUUGCUCCUCCACACUCCCACUUCCUCAUACUUUUCCUCCCUCACACAUCUCCAUCACUUUUAUGAUUCCCACACUUUCGUCUUCCCUCACACUUCUGUCCCCACACUUCGUUUUCCCCUCACUCUUCCCUCUCUCAUUUCUCCUCACUCCUCACACUUCGUCUUCUGCUCCUUUUGCAUUUCACUAUUUCAUACUCGUGUUCCCUCAUUUUUCUGUCCUCUCAUUCUCAUCUCUCACGCUUCCCCCCUCCCCUCCUAAAUUCCGGGUCUCUUCACACUUUUCCUCCCCUCCACUGGUGUGUUUUCUCACUCUUCCUCAUUUUUUCUCUCCUUCCACUUCUACACUUCCUCCUGUCACACUUCUUCACUCAUACUCCCUUUUUCCCUUCUUUCACACUUUGUACUUAUCUACACCUUCGCUCUCAAUAAACUUUUUUUUUUCUGGUUCUGUCAUACUUGUCUGGUCACACUCGCGGCCAUCCACACUUUUGUUUUCAAUACCCUUUCCAAGUCACACUUCUGCUUCGAUCACACUUUUUCUUCACACUUCCGCUUCUCCACAGUUCUGCUCACAAUACACUUCACUGUUCACACUUCUGUUCCCAUCAUACUUUUUCCUCCACACUUCCACUUUACACUUCUGACACAGUAUACUUAUAUACACUUUUCCAUCAAACUUUUUAUCACCUGUUUUCCGACCCUUAUACACUAAAUAUCCUUUCUUAUUCACACUUACGCUUCUCUACACUUCUCUUAAUACACCUUUUAUCAACUUCUAUUGCCAGCACAUCUUUUCCUUCACAUUUUCGCUUCUCUCAGUACACUUCUUGUUUACACUUCUCCCAUCACACUUUCUCUUCACACUAACGCUUAUCCACACUUCUGCUCUCAAUACACACUCCAGUUACACUUCGUUUCCCGACACUUCAGCUCGCGCUACACUUACUUUUCACACUUCUGCUAUCAUCACUCUUUUUUCUGCACACUUCCAUUCACACUUCUAGUCUUUAUUUCAGUAUUUCUCACACUUUUAACCCCCUCCCCCCCACAUCUCUCCUCACACUUCUCCCCCCCACACACACACUUCCACUUCCCUUACACUUCUAACCACACUUAUCCUGCCCUCAAUACACUAUCUAUUCCUAUCUCUAUUUCCAUCACACUUUUUCCUUCACACUUCGUUUUCCCGACGCCUCUGAUCUUAGUGGACUUUUAACUGCACACUUCCACUUCUCCACACUUCUACUCUCCCCUUCACACGCCUGGUCCUCCUUACUUCAUCAUCUCUCACACUUCUUAACCCCCCCCCCCCCCACAUCUCUCCCACCUACUUCAUACCCCCCCCCUCACUUCCACUUCACCUUACACCUCUCAUCUCUGCUCCCAUCACACUUUUCCUUGCACACUUAUCGUGCCCUCAAAUACACGUUUCUUUUCCCACUUCUGGUCUCAAAUCACACUUUUUUUUCCUUCACACUUUUCUUCCCCUCUUAAUGCACUUUUUCCCUUUCACACUCCUUCCACCACACUUUUUCCUGCACGCUUCCGCUUCUCAACACUUCUGCUCUGCCCUUUUACACGUUCGAUUCUCUUUACUUCAGCAUCCUUUACCCCCCCCCCCCCACACACACAAACACAUCUCUCCUCACACUUCUCCCUGCAGAUUGACUCCCCCCCCCCUUUACCCGAAUUCCUACGUCACACUUUUCCUACGUCACACUCCCCCCCUCACUUCUAUUCCCCCUACACUUCAUAAUUCUCUUCUAUCACACUUUUUUCCUCACACUUUCACUUAUCCACACUUCUGCCUUCAGUACAUUUUUAUUCCCAUUUUCUGUUCUUAUCACAUAUUUUCCUUCACCCUUCACAUUUUUGCUCUCAAUACACGUUCUAUUUACACUUCUAUCACACUUUCUCUUCACACUUUCUCAAUACACUUAGUCUUUUCUCUUAUUCCUUCACACUUCCGCUUCUCCACACUUUUGUUUUCAGUACACUUUCUAUUCACACUUCUGGCCCAUCACAUUUUUUCCGUAACACGCAGUUUUCCCGACACCUCAGCUUUCAAUACACUUUUUGCUCCCGUUACACUUUACUCUUCACACUUCCGCUUCUCAACACUUCUCCCACCAUACUACGUUUCCCGACACUUUUGCUUCCACUUACUAUGCACACUUUUGCUCUCAAUAUACUUUUUUCUCUUGACACUUCUGCUCCGGUUACACUUCUGCCUGAACACUUCCGCUUCGUUUCACUUCAGUACCAUUUCCAUUAACACUUUCACACACUUUCCCUCCCUCUUUGUCCUCCUUAUUUCAGCUUCCCUCACACUUUAACGCCUCUCAUCUGCUCUCCUCACAAACUCUCUAUCCCUCAUGUGUUUUCUGUACACUUCCUCUCGCAUACAGUCACAAAAAUACUUAAAAACACCUAUUUCACACUUCUCUCCCUCACUCCGACUACCCUCACACUUCUCACCUCUGCUUCCCUCACACUUUUUCCUCCACACCUUCGCUUCUCCACAUUUAUGCUCUCGGUACACUCUCUAUUCACACUUCUGCUCCCGACGCUCUUCUUCUUUCACACUCCAUCUAUCAAACUACACUUCCGCUUCCCCUCUUUUCUAAUCUCAAUACAUCUUCCAUAAGCAUUAUCGCUUUCCCGCACUCUCAUUAUGCCUUUCCCCCACACUUCUGGUCCUCCUUAGUUCAGCUUCCCUCACUUUUUAACCCCCCCCCCCUUCCCCUCACAUCCUCUCCCCACACUCUCCCACCCAUAUUUUUUUUUUUUUUUUUUUUUUUUUUUUUUUUUUUUUUUUUCUCUUCUCUCCCAUACACCUGCUCCUUCACACUCCUGCUCACACCUCCCUCAUAUAACUGCUUACCUUCACUCCCACCCACUUCACACUUCAUACUUUUCUCAUACUUUUCAUACUUUUCUCCCUCACUUCUACUCCUCUCACACUUGUCAUCUUUGCUCUCCUCUUCGCCUGUGUUCCCCUCACACUUCUCUCUUUUCCCCUCACACUUCUCUCUCCUCACCUCACACUUCUCUCUUCUCCCCUCACACUUCUCUCUUCUCCCCUCACACUUAUCUUCUCA